AUGGAGGACUUUCCUGAUGCCUCGGCGUAUUUUCAAAGGCUUAAGAGCCUCUCUGACCAACUGAAAAAUGUCGAAGCUUCGGUGGACAACAACCGUCUUGUCCUUCAGCUUGUUUCCGGUCUUACAAAAUUAUAUUUCGGGGUUGCAACGUUAAUUCGACAAAGCAAUCCCCUCCCUCAAUUCUACCAAGCCCGAUCGAUGCUAACAUUGGAAGAAGCGGGCUUGGCAAAAAGGGCCGCCACGACCUCGGCUUCAGCCAUGGUGGCUAAUUCGCGAGAUGCUGACUCGGAAGGCUUGGGGAAUGGUCGUGGGAAGCAUAAAAAUCAGAAAAAUAAGGGUGGCCGCGGGAAGCAAAACAGCGGUGGUGGUCGCGGUUCCGGCAGCGGUCAGUCGUCAGGUGGUUCCGGCAGCGGAUGGGCUCGUCCACAAGGCCUAAAGCAUCAGCCUGGUCUUCUUGGGCCAUGUCCACACCAAGCUUAUGCAGCCUCUCAACAAUCCUAUGCUCCAACGGAUAUUGAAGGGGCCCUCCACACUAUGACUCUACAACAACCCGAUCCUUCAUGGUACAUGGACACCGGUGCCACUUCUCAUAUGACAUCCACCAACGGUAAUCUCUCGUCUUAUUUUAAUUUGAGCAAUCAUCAUAAUAAUAUCGUUGUUGGUAGUGGUCAUACGAUUCCAAUUCGUGGUUGUGGUAGUACUACUUUACCUUCCCCAAACCCACCUUUGUCUCUCUCUAAAGUCCUACAUGCCCCAAAACUCAUUAAAAAUCUGAUUUCUGUCCGUAAGUUCAUAACUGAUAAUUGUGUGUAUGUUGAGUUUGUCCCUUAUGGUUUUUCUGUGAAGGAUUAUCGGACGGAGAUGCCAAUAAUGAGAUGUGAUAGCCAAGGGGACCUUUAUCCACUCACUACCACCUUAUCAAGCACUUCUCCAUCAACCUUUACAACUUUAGCUUCGUCUAUUUGGCAUGAUCGUUUGGGACAUCCGUGA